AAAUUUCUCACAGGUGAUCAACAGCUGCGUUACUUCGACGUAUGGAUUGGACAAGCGCCGUGGGUGUCAUGUGACCAAGCCAGUGACGUGUACGGAAGUAUCAGCGUGGGCUACACAGGCGUAAAAUACAGAAGAAAUGUCUGUUUUUCCAGAGAUUUUUCUGAAGCCUGAAGUGACUGAUUUUCUCAAGGGUGUCUUCUUAAACAAAGAGGUCUUAGCUGCAGUGGGCCAUCAGGAGGCCAUCAGUCGCUUCCAGAAGCUGCUCGCAUGUCUGUCUCACCCUCCUUCGUACACUUGUGUUCGGGCCAGCACUCAUCUGGCUCCCCUGGAAGAGAUCAAACACAAGUUAGGAGAAGAGCUGAAAAAGCAGCAGAUGUGCGACUCAUCAGCAGAGGAGAUCUCCGUUCAGAUUUUUACUCACCCGCGUAUUCCAGAUGUGCUGCUCCUUCCUGUCGAUGGCCCGAGACGGGUGGAGCAGCUCAGCUCAGAGGUGGUGGUCGGUGCUCAGUGCGGCGGCGCCGUACUGAGAGGUGCUAACGUCUUCGUGCCGGGGAUCCUCGCCAGCCCCAAGCACAUGAAGUCUGGCGACGUGGUCUCUGUCUUCUCUGACCUGGAGGGUAAAUGCACCCGAGGAGCAACGAGCUUCCAGGGAAAGAGAGCGUUUGUGGGGAAUGGAGUUGCUCAGAUGGACCGCUCCAGCAUCUUCUGCACCGGCGAGCCUGCCAAAGGAAUUGGUGUUCGGAUGGUGGAGCCACUUUAUCAGAGUCCUUCCUUUGACGGCGUUCUGCCCAGCCUGGCUUUCCUGCAGAACCUUCCCUCUGUGGUUGCGGGACACGUGCUCGGGCCUCGUCCUGGAGAGCGCAUCUUGGAUAUGUGUGCUGCACCCGGCGGGAAGACCUGCCACAUCGCUGCACUCAUGGGAGAUCAGGGCGAGGUUGUGGCCUUGGACAAGAUCCGGAAUAAGAUUGAUCGAAUUCUGCAAAACGCCCAAAUGUUGCGUUUGCAUUCCAUCAAAGCUUAUUGCUUUAACAGCACUCAAGCUGUGAGCAGCGACCCGUCACAGGAAACUGAAGGACCUCCAUUCCCUCCUGAAAGCUUUGACCGGGUUCUGCUGGACGCUCCCUGUAGCGGACUUGGACAAAGACCCAACAUGAGCAUCACCUGGAGCCUGAAGGAGAUCUGUUCCUACCAGCCACUGCAGCGCAAGUUAUUCCACACUGCAGUGCGGUUGUUGAAGAAAGGCGGCGUUCUUGUCUACAGCACGUGCACAGUGACUCUAGCCGAGAAUGAGGAGCAGGUAGCCUGGGCCCUCCAUACUUUUCCCUGCCUCACACUUCAGCCUCAGGAGCCUCACAUCGGCGGAGAGGGCAUGCCGGGAGCCGGCCUUUCACCUGAGCAGCUGCGCCUCCUCCAGAGGUUCAGCCCUGAGCUGAGCUGGGACCAGGAAGGGACGGCAGCUCCCCUCCCCUGCAGAGCCGACAGGGACACUAUUGGCUUUUUUAUCGCCAAGUUCCUGAAAAAUUGACCGGAGGGCAUGUUUUCUCUUGCAGCACCGUCAGCUCUCACACAAGCCUGCAGACAGGAACAAUAGUGUUUAUAUUACGAUGCUCUGUGUGCUUUGACGGGGCAGUGUUGACAAAGACGCUCACUGUGCUGUUUACAGCAUCUGCCUCUUAACAGCUGCUCUCUAAAACUGCGGGCCAUAUAGGGAUAGGCUUUAUAAACACCGAGGGCAAGGAAAAGAGAGGGAGGGGAGGGGUGGAGGCACGUGGGGAUGGAGUAUUGGCAAAUGCAGCAGUGCUAGCGUUGCCAUAACAACAGUGACGACACAGCUGCCAUGGUGACAGCGGAUUGGCUGGAUCUCAGCUCAGAUCAGGAAGUAGCGUGCAGAAGGAGGUCAUGAGAGGUAUUAACAAUUUAGUGUCUUUUAGUAGUGAAGGAGACAACUGGGACCUCUAAUUAGUGCUUCUGCUACUUGUAAGAGAGAACUGAUGCUGUGUGUAGUUCUGUUUGAACAGGAGUUUACUUUCAUUUCUUCAUCACAGAAGUUUAAAUAAAAUAAAAUCUUUAUCGCUUCA